AAAAAAUAAGUGGAGAUUAACGGUGGAUUAUACAAUUAGAAAAGUGAAUAUGUUACGCAAGUUCAGGAAUGGCAACCAUUCUUCGUCAAGGACCAAAGCUGCGUCUAAUCACCGUUUUGCUGCAUUACUUCUUUUAUAUUGUAUUUAUUUCAUUUUCUUAAGAAUGAGCGCUGCUCAAGCAGAGGAAGGCGUUAUAACGGGUGAUAACGACAUCUCCCACAUUGGCGACGACUGCCAAGUGACCCCGGUCAUUCAUGUUCUUCAAUAUCCUGGUUGUGUGCCCAAGCCGAUACCUUCGUUCGCCUGUGUUGGACGCUGUGCCAGCUAUAUACAAGUCUCCGGUAGCAAAAUUUGGCAAAUGGAACGUUCAUGCAUGUGUUGUCAGGAGUCCGGUGAACGUGAAGCUGCUGUCUCGCUCUUUUGUCCCAAAGCUAAACACGGUGAACGGAAGUUUAAGAAAGUACUGACGAAAGCACCUUUGGAAUGCAUGUGUCGCCCAUGCACAUCCAUUGAGGAAUCUGGCAUUGUUCCACAGGAAAUAGCCGGCUAUUCCGACGAGGGUCCAUUAAAUAAUCACUUCCGUCGUAUUGCCUUACAGUAGGUGAAAUAUUUAAUUUACUUUUUUCAUACUUAAUGCUUAUUUUCUGUUUAGCCAAA